GGAAAUUUCUGAUAGUCACGUAGUUAUGGCAGACAGACUCCUCGCUAUCCUUGUAGCCGAUAUUUUGAAAGAUUUAGAAAGCAGAUGUCAUUCUUCACAGUUUCAUUGGAACCGGACUCUGGUUCUGUUUUUAUUGCCCGAAAAGCGAGCUUUAAGCCCAUCAGUUAGAAAGUAGGCGGGUCCUUGAACGGCAUCCUGUGCUGCUAUUGGUUUAAACUGUUGUUGGUAUGGUUUAAAUGUCUGGCGGUGAUAAACAAAGAUCUUGGUGGACAAGAUGGUGACUAAAAGGAUCCGCUCAGAGUACAUGAAGAAGUUCAAAGACCCCAAAUGGGAGACUUACACCAAGUGUUAUGAAGAGUUGCUGGCUUACAGGCUGACCCGGAGGCUGCUGGAGAACACACACAACCCCUGGUUCUGGAACGGCUCUGACAGCGACUCGGACUCGGGAGGAAGGAGCCCUCCUCACCCCAGUAAGAACCAGGUUGAAGCCGGCGGAGGCAGAGCUGAAACAGAGGAGCCCGAGGGGGUCAAGACGGGCAGACAGCAGGAAACCAGAACCACCGGAGCCGGACCUAGACGUGCUGUCCAGAACGAGGAGCAGAUCAGGCCUGACCCACAGUCCUCAGCACACAGUUCACAGUGUGACGAUAUCAGGGAGUCAAACAAAGCAGUUCAGGGAGAGGAAGAGGAGUUUUCUGCUCCACUCAGAGACGAAGAAAAAGAGACGAGAGCAGCCCGACCUCACCAAGGAAAACCCUCCAAAUCAACGAGACCAGCCUGGCGCUCCCAGCGCGUGAGGCCUGUACGGCAGCUCAAAGAGGACACAAAGGAGAAACGCCAUGCUUUCGCUCUGUAUGGCUCAGGAGAGAAGGAUGCAAACAUCGCAAAUAGGAAGACUCACAACGUCGGUCCUGCAGCUUCUACUGCUGAGAUUCAUGAAUCGGCUCUGCGUGCAAAGACCAGACGGCAGGUGGAGCGGCAGAUCCAGUCCCGGCGACCUGGGCGGCGUCGGGCCAAAUCAGCGGACCCAAAUAAAGCCGAGAUGGUGGUUCAACCCGAGUUCAACCCCUGGCUCACUGAGUACAUGCGCUGCUUCUCCGCUCGCUCCCGAUAGGACAGCGGCAGAACAUCAGCACCAACAGCCAUCAUUCCUGCCUCUAGAAACAGCGGAAGUUCAGACACAUGGCACAUUUUACGAGCUCUAAGUCUCACUGCGACUUGUCUUCAUGGAAAACAUCUCAAACUCAGGGAUUUUAUACAAGAUGGAGGACAAUCAUGUAAGAAAAGUUUUGGUAGUUUUACGACGAACUGAAGUUUUGUCACAUAAAGACAUUUGGUAACACUUGAACUUGAAGGGGUGUGCAUAGUGGUGCGUUCACACCAAACGCGUUACGCGCGUCAAAAACGCGUCGACAGCUUCAAGUUUGACGCAUGUGUACUUUGAGUCAGACGUUUGACAUUUUGCUCUAGAUGUCAGUCGCUCUAGUCGGAGGUUUAGAGGAGACUCCUUGGCGUACAUGUCCCUCAAACUCUUCCACCGUCUCCUGCAUGUUUCGUCUAAAUAAAUACAACGUUUAUUUAACGUGUUUCAACGUUUUUGCUGGACGGAUUUGGAUGGAUCAAAUCCGGGGAAAUAUUUUUCAAAUAGUUAUAACUUACUCCACAUCCCAACUUCCUGAUCCUCUCCCAAGUCAAGUCCUUUCUAUUCCUGUCUGCGUAGUCGUAGCUCGAUUGGUCGUAGAUUACAGGACGAGAGCAAACAGCGACAAUUAGUUUAUUCUCCAUAGUUUUAUUUUUCUGAGAUCACGUCGGAAAAUGCAAAACUACGACUGGCUAAAGUUCAGAUUUUCCAGCGUUGAACGCAUCAAACACUGGAAACGCUUCAAAUCGCGCAGUACUUGACGCGCCUCCACAUAUGACUAUUUAUGACUGUUGUAAUGAAGUUUCAUUUGGUAAAUAAUGACUUUAAAUGAACGUUUUAAUUGCACUUUGCAUUAAAAAUGGCAUUAACAAAUUAAAUUUUAUAACAUUCAGUCUUAUGCACAUCCCUUCAAAUGAAGCUUUGCCAGACAUUGAAAUUAGUGUUAGUAGUUCACAUUGAAUCUUACAGCCAUACUUUGACGCAAAUCCUUUAAGACAUCCAGUAAAAGGACCACUUUGUUAUGGAGAUGAUGAUCUACAGAGGAGCGACUCCUGGGUAAAAGAAUCGGAUGAAGAUUCCUGUUCUUGAAGAAACUUUUGAACUUGUAUAAACAAUAAUUCAAGGAUUCAGUGUUGGCCAGAAGUUUACAUACUCAUCGUUUUGUUAGGGAGGAGUGAUGAGGCAACAUAUAGCAAGAGUAAGGUGAGCAGGUUUGAAUUAGUUUAGGAGAGGACCAGCAGGAGGCGCUGCAGUCCCCAACCUGACGUCAAGGUGAGCAGCUCUUCAUCCAUCUGCUUCUUCCUCACCCACACAGCGCUGUUUUCCUCUCAGAACCAACCAAAUCUGUUUUAAUACUCCCAAAAGUAAAUUUUUUCUUUUCAAAAAGGUAACUCAAGUAAAUGUAACUAGUUACUGUUGAACUCUGAAUGCUGCACAGAGCUCAUCAAACCUCAGAAAUCUUUCAACAGCUAAACUAACUUAGCUUUAUCAUCAUGACUGUAACGUUUCUGAUUUGUAAUAAAACCUGCAGAGUGUCUAAAUCUGUUUAUUGUGGUUUAACUGGAAUUAUGAUAAAGAAGAUAUAAACAGUUUGGAUUUUGUUUUCCUGUUGCAAACCGGUCACUAAUUUCACUUUUUUCUCUCUUUCUCUCCACGAUUUUCUUAUAUCGUCUGAAUUACAGCUUGUAACGAUGUUGGUUCUGGAUGUGGUGAUAAAAGGAACAGAAAGUUUCCUCCAUCUGCCUGGAAGAGGCUCGUCAGCGGGGAAAAAUACCCAGAAUGCACCAGGAACACCUGGUUUUAUUUAGAAAUGUUCUCAAAUUAUUUAGACUCAUACCUGCUUCCUUGACAUUUUGAAACAUUUCCUGUCGUCACCAUCUUUAAGGGAUUUUAUUCUUUCUUCUGUCUCCUUUUGGGUUUUUGCUGUCUUCCUUCAUCUGUUAUUGUUCAUAAAUUAAGACUGCUGGUUUAACUUCAGGCAGAUUGCGUCCUUUUUAAUUUAAAAUAAACUAAAAGAUUGUAAAACAUUUUCUUAACUAGGUGUUAAUCAGGGUCACUCUAGAUCUUUUUCCACAUGUAACUUUUUUUUUUUUACCAGAAAAAAACAAAAUGAUCAAUUUAGUGUGUGAGAUACGGUCAGCUUAGAUCCAGUCCAAAGUAUAACAGAGAUUAUAAUCUGAGAUUUCUGUCACUGAAUGUGAAAAAAAUGAUGUAAAUAUUAAUAGUUUACUUGUGUUAAUAUGAAAUGUUGUAAUUAUUUUUAAUAUUUUAUAUUUGUGGUUGCUGUUAACUUAAACUAGUUUGUAUUGCCACAUUAACUGUUUAAUCAUGAUUACACUUGAAACUUAUAAAUAUAAACUAUAUUUUGCUUUUGAUCAAAUAUUUUACAGAAGUUAAACAUUAGAAACGGUGGGAAGACUGUUUUAAUCUCUUUUUCGUCAUUGUUGUAGCAUCAUGUUCAUUAUUAGUCUGUAAUUAUGUGCACCAUUUCACUUUAAAAACAGUUGAUUUUCUGUGUUCUCAGAUAAAUGCGGAGAAACAGAAAAUGUUUAUUGUUUAGGUUUCUACAGUAAUACUUUCACAGUUUCUUCUGUUUUUCACAAAAUCUGUACAAACAUUUAAAUGACUGAAAGAUGAACGUCGGGUCAUGUGACCUGAAGCUUUUAGUGAAACAUUUUUCUACCACAUUGCUGAGUUUGUGACUGGCAGCAUCAAAAUAUACCAACCUUUUCAAAUGAUCACACUUUAAAAACUGCUAAGAUUUUAAAUCUGAUCAUUUUUACCCUUUUAAAUCUUUAGGUAGAGAUUUGAGCCUAUUUGAGCAGAGUGGAGGAAAUAAAAAGUUUCAUUUUUUUUACAUUGUAAGCUUUUGAAAACUUGGUUUUCCUGUUCAGGUUCAUCUAAAUAAAACAGUUUGAUU